UUCACUCUCUCUAUUUCUUUCUCUCAUCCCUCAUUUACAGCCAUUUUUUCACAGCUCGGAGGUGGAACGAAUUGGAAGUUUCUUGGCGUUUUUAAGAGAAAAAAUCAUGGGUUCCAGAGUUAAUAUAAUUGUUUCUUACAACGGUGUUUGGGAACAGAAAGGAGAAAAAUGGAAUUUCAAAGCUGGUUCGAACACUAUAAUACAUGUACCAAUUGAUGUUGGUUACAUAGAAUUAUUGGAGAAGUUGUAUUCAAAGUUGAAAGUGGAUAGGUCAUUGUUUGACUUAAAGUUGGAAGUGUCGUUUACAUGCAAUGAUUUUAGUGUAGAUCCCAUUGAAAUCACAGAUGAUGAAGGAGUUAGUGCUCUUAUUCUUGAAAAUUCAAAGUCCUUAAAACAUCGGGUUCCUUUAUGCGUUAAUUCGAUUGCAAAGAACAUUGCUCUUAUUGAUCCAUCUCCUAGAGCGAGUGUUAAUAUGGAAAAUCAUAAUCAAUCAUGCACGGCUAUUCCACAAACAGCUACUGGGCCAAGUGUAUGCAUGGGAGGUCCUAGUCAUAAUGAAACUUUUUUUCCCCCAACAAAUCUCCCGCAUGAUGAUGGGUAUGAGUAUGAGCCUUAUGUCAAUGACGAUCCAGUUGCCCUUUUUGGUGAUGAUGAUGAAAGAGUUGAGGGGUGCAGUAGUUCUGAUGAUAACUCAGAGGAUCAGUUGUCGAUGCUACAUGUGGUUCAAGUAGAUAAUUUAAAUGUACGACCAUUGCCAAGUCGUCAAGAAAGCCAAGGACGGAGGACUGCUGGAUCAGAGAGCAGUCGUCCAACUACACAAGAUGAUGGAAAUAGAUGGAGUUCUCCAGCGUAUACUGCUGAAGAUAUCCCAUGCCCCUCUUAUGUUAUCCCCACGUUAUCUGGGGUGAGUUGUGGAGUAAUAAAAGUUGGGAAAGUUUUUGAGAACAAGUUAGAGUUGAAGACGAAGGCACACUUGUAUGCAAUGAAGCAGAACUUCGAGUUUGUGGUGAAGAAGUCAGGUACUGAAGUUUGGUAUAUCACUUGCAAGGAUCCUGAUUGUGGGUGGAGAUUGAGGGGGAAGAGAAUUCCUAAAUCUGAUAUGUUCGAGAUAACUCGUUUCACCAACAAACACACUUGCUCACUUGACCUCCGACAUAAAGGCCAUCGCCAAGCUGCACCUUGGGUUAUUGGUCAUUGCAUAAAGAAAAAAUAUCAGACUGGAUCGAAUGCGUACAUGGCAAACAACAUAAGAGAGGACAUUAAGAAUGAUUAUGGCAUUGAGUUGUCAUAUGGAAAAGCUUGGAGAUGCCGAGAGAAGGCUCUUUCUUAUGUCAGAGGGACACUGGAAGCAUCCUACCAGAAGUUACCAUCGUACCUGUUCAUGCUUCAACAGAAAAAUCCCGGGACGUUGACAGAUUUUGUCACUGAGGAAGAUCGAUUCAAAUAUUGCUUUUUCUCACUCGGAGUUAGUAGAAGAGGGUUUCGUACAUGUCGUCCUGUGUUAUGUGUGGACGAUACCUUUUUAAAGACAAAAUACGGUGGGCAGAUGUUAUGUGCAGUCGCGCUGGAUGCAAAUAACCAUCUAUAUCCAGUUGCAUUUGGUAUUGUGGAUAGUGAGAAUCAUGAUUCUUGGAAGUAUUUCAUGUCAAAGCUAAAAGAAGCGAUUGGGGAAGUCGAGGACCUGGCGUUUGUAUCUGACAGGCAUGCAAGUAUUACACAUGCCUUGGAAACUAUUUUCCCCGAUGCCUAUCACGGUGCUUGCUACCACCACAUUAGUAUGAAUGUGGUUGCUAAAUUCAAGACUGAUCAUUGUCAUGUGUUGAUGUAUAAUGCGGCAUAUGCUUUUAGGAAAUUCGAGUUCCACGCUAACUUCAAAAAAAUCAAAUCAAAAGACCCAGCCAUUGCUCAAUACCUAGAAGGAAUGGGUUUUGAUAAGUGGUCCCGUGCUUACUUUCCUGGAAAUAGGUAUGUCAUUGUCAAUUGUAUUUUAAUUUAUGAAAUCUUCUAAAUGUAUGUUACUAUUAAAUUUUAGUUUUCU